AAAAUAUAAAACCUUUGCUCCGACCCAUCCUUUACUAAAACCUAAACUGUUUGUUUCUCUUUGAAACACACACACAACCACACAUAAUAGAAAUUGAAUAGAAAUCAAGAAGAAGAAGAAGAAAGAUGGGAAAAGAUGGUUGUUUAGCCAAAGUAACCGCCGGAGUCGCCGUCGGUGGUGCUGUUGGUGGCGCUGCCGGUGCUGUAUAUGGAACGUUUGAAGCUAUUAGAUACAGGAUCCCCGGUCUUAUGAAGAUUAGACACAUUGGACAAACAACACUUCGUAGUGCUGGAAUUUUUGGUCUUUUCCUGGGUGCUGGGAGCUUGAUACACUGUGGGAAGUCCUAUUGAGUCUUUUUGCAUAUUAAAAACAAUGAAACCGUAGUUGACUUUCAGAACAUGCUAGUGCUGAUGCGCACAAUUCUCUUAUUGACUUCAAUAACAAUCACGGCACUUUUGCUGCCUCUGUUUUUAUGUUCACAAGUUUUUGUUGGUUAAUGUUUGAGAAGCAAAACCACCCCGUUUGCCUCUGCAACAGUGGUGAUUUUGUCCUUCCCUGUUGAUGGUGGUGGGGGUGGUCCGGUGCCCCCCUAAAGCUUUGCAAGACCAGUGGUCUCAUGAUAUUAUGGUUGUCGUUUUGGGUUUUGACAUAAUACUACUUUUACAUGUUUUUUUAUCAUUCAAGAUAUUUUUGUUUUCA